AAGCCUUUUUUACAAGUUUCUUAAGAGCAACCAUAAUAAUAGAGAACAUUUAUUUAAUGUUUUAUUUUAAUUUCUUCUUCUUUAAAAAAUAUUAUUAUUAUAUGUUUUCUGACAAUCUACUGCUCCACACUCCAGUCCAGUAGGCGGUAUUGCAUCAAGUCGUUGGUUGUCAACCGGAAAUAAACCUUAGACAGAAAAAAGAAGAAGAAGCAAGGGGAAGCUAAAGCAACUACAUGUGAACAUUGUUAACCCCGAGUUUGAGUUUUAAGGGAAAUAACACAAACAUGUCUGUGGCAUUAUCGCGGUGUCUCUGCAGGAUUUUAUCCCGACAGACCGCUCCGUCAAGCUCCAUGUUGGGAGAACAUCACCCUGCUGGUCCUUGGUUUGCUCCAGUGAUGACACUGAAGACAUCUGCUCCACUGAGAGCGCAGCCCAAAAAGAAGAAGAAGGGAAUUGACCCAAAACAGGAGCAUUUGUCAAGGGAGAGGCUGAAAAGGAAGGUGAGGAAGCUGGAGAAGGUUUCAGCUGAGUUUAUCCCCAUAGAGGACUUCUUCACUCCAGAGAAAUGCUCGGAAGAAACAAGGCACCGCUCAGUACCAAGGCUGUCAUUUGAAGAAAGUGAGGGUCGAGCCCUGCUGUUGAAGGAGUGGUGUCGAUACAAACAGAAGCAGCACACGGCUGAAAUGCAGGCUGUAGAAUUUGCCGUUGAAGCACAGAGGGAGGCACUGGAGGAGCUGAAGUUAGAGUCUGAGAAGCUGUACCAGGCAGCGCUGAAGCCAGACACUCUUCUUUUUCCCUUCACUCAUGAAGGUCCUGCCUACACACCGCGAAUUACCAAUUAUGAAGCUCCAAUUGGGAAAUACAUCGACACCACUAGAGUUUACAAACAGUGAUGGACCGCGAACAGCUGGUGGGCCUGGGUGUAUUGUUAAGCGUUUAGUGUUUGUACAUGAUUAAAUAAUAAAGACAUUUUUAAAAGCCUGCAUGUUAUGGUGUAAAGGA